CCUCCCCCUACUUCCGUACAUAGCCAUUGUGGCUCAAGGUCGUUUUGCCACAUUCCAUCCGGUACCGCAGCUUCUUAUCGGCCGCUAGCCCGACCCCCCACCGUCGAGCGGGGAUGGCUCCGCUACUGCAGUGCGCCCUCUCGGCGGGGCUGAUCGCGGGCGCGGCGUCCAUCAAGCAGGAGGAGGCCACUGGCCCCAAGAGCAAGUUCUGGAACAUGUUCGGGUCCCUGCCCGACAACGCCCCAGAGUGGUGCAAGAGCGAGUCGGCCCUGACCUGGGAGGAGAAGAAGCAGAGGGUGGCCCAGCACGCGACGCUGAUGUGGGCGAAGCAGUCGGUGAAGGAGAUGCACGAGAGUAACAUGACGGCCCCCCAGUGGAUGGAGGACAUGGUCACAAAGGACGCCCGGCAGGGCCAAAUGAAGUGGGCCGUCAAGGAGGCCAAGCGCUUGAAGGCGGAGAACAAGGAGGUCCCAGAGUGGAUGUCCGCCCUGGUAGAGGAGGACAACAAGUGGGCCAACCGAUGGGCCGCGUGCAAGGCCGCGGAGCUCGAGUUCUCCGGGGAGGAGCCGCCCGUGUGGAUGAAGGAGAACGGCCGCAAGGGCGUCUUCGCGGCCGCGACCGAGAGGUUGGCCGAGAUCCAGGAGCAGCUGGACGAGCUGAUGGCUCUGAAGGAGAAGGAGGUCGCCCUGGUGCAGGCCAAGGGCGACAUCAAGCUGGCGGAGAGGCACCUGAUGCUGGCGCACCGCGGGCCCUCGGCCGUCAAGCCGCAGGCCACGCGGAAGGGCAAGAACCUCUCCUGGGCCCCGAAAGUUCCGACCGCGGGCACCUCGUCGGACUCCGCGAAGGUGCUGAAUUUGGCGAAGAAGAAGAAGAAGAAGGCCACCGCGCAGCUGAUGCCAGAGGUCAACUUCUUCGGGCUGUAGAGUUUCGCCACGGCUUCAUGGCUUGGUGACUGCGGUUGCCUGGGGAUGCUUGGGCUUCGCCUGGUAUUAGAUCCUUCCGUACGUCCUUCGUGCCAUCGUUUUGACUGUGGACGCCUGGUGAUCCUCGGUGCCUCGCCUGGUGGUAUCUCCUUUUGUCGUCGCCACCUGGAUUUGCUUUUCUGGCUGCGCGUUUACGCUCCGCUGCUUUUCGGAUGCCGUGUUGGGGUGCGUCGCACUUUUUGGCCCCCAUGUUUAGGUUCUCGGGGCGCCUAGCACUUGUUGUUCGCAAGCCUGGCUGCCCAUCACAGUGGAGACCCAUGCCAAGAAACACCCGG